GUCUUGUCCACGGUGGAAACGGAAGCACAACCCAGACAUUGUACUCGCGGGAAAAAUGGCGGAAAUGUGUGUUUUUUUCACGCUAUUAACAUCAGCAUUUCAAAACAUUGCCUCAUAAGCCUCCAUCCUGCGUCUGUCGGCAUGUGUGAGUACACAAUUGUACGGAGUGUUUCAGUGAGUCACAGCUGUGUCUUUAUGUGUAAGGUGCUGUGUUUACAGAGGAAUGCAAAAUGCAGAAAGAUUCAGUGCACAUGACAUGCAAGCAGGCUGCCACUCAAGACACCCCGGUGAAGUCUUUCCAGUGUGGACACUGUACACUCUUAUUCAAAUCAAGGGUCUACCUUUUUGAACACCUCAACAAGGUGCACGGCCUCGAUGUAGAUGUUGCUCUCAGAGAUGCUGGUUUAAAAUCCAGUGGGACUAACAAUACCAGCACUGACAAUGAUAGCAACAGUUCAGGAAUGGGAUGUGAAUGGGAUGCUUCAAAAGAACAGGAGAAACGGUGUGAAAAAAACGUGAUAGAAAAUCAAAUCAGGUCUGAAAACCCAGAGACCAGUAUUCAUUUGACUGACCAGGACAAAAACAACGACCAAGCUGCCAUAGCAAAAGAGAUUUCCUCCGUUAUUUCAGUUCUGCCUACCUCAAAAACUAAAUGCAUUAUCAGCUCAUCAAAGGAUCUGAAAACGUACAAGAGGCCAUUGCAAGUCAUCACUAAGUACUUCACAGUUUUACCUGCAUCAAAUAGAAAACCUCCAAUCAACUUAGCUGACAGCCCAGUGCUUUUUGGUAGCACCAAAGAAACCCUGAUACUGCAAGAAUCUCCUACAGACUACAGUCCACACAGUAGUGGUGUGUUCAAAGUCACUGCAAAGCCCACAAUAGAUCUGUCUGACAGAUCUUCUAAUAACCAUUUUUUACUAGAUGACAGCUUGCUAGUUAGUGACCUGAGUUCACAGAAGCCCAAGGAAGAAUUCAAGAGGACCACUAAUGAAAGCUCAAAUUGUCCUCCAGCUAAAAAAGCAAAGUCUGACGAAGAAAAUACGAAGGGAAAGAGAGAUAAAGCAAACACAAUUAAACAACCAUCAUUUGAAUUUAGCGAAGAUGAAGAAGAAAAGAAGGGAAAUCUUGUUAAUGGAGACAUGGGAAGCCGGCAAGUUUAUUUUUGUAAGCACUGUGACUACAGUGACGUGCGCAUGAGAAAUAUAUCAGCCCAUUAUCAGAACAACCACCCUUAUGUGCGAUAUAACGCUGUCUACAUUCGGGAUCCAAGUGACCAGAGUGCUACCUUUCGUUGCCUGGAGUGUCCAGUUGAGUUUUUAAGUGUAGCUGACCUCCGUAGACACUACACUGAAAAACACCCAGAGGCUCCAAAUAUAUUCAUGAUGCAGUCAUGUGAAUUCCGUUUGGUUUACAAAUGUUUUGUGUGUCCGUUUACCACCACUGGGUUGAAGGUAAUGGAAGGACAUUACAAGCAAAGUCACCCAUCACAUAAAGUGGAUAGUCCCUUGAUGUACUGCAAGUAUUCUGCAACCAAAUACCAAGAGGCACCAUCGCAGUUGAUAACAUGUGAAAAAGCACUCAGCCCACAAGAUCCUGAGAGUUCCUGUACACCAUGUAAGGAGGUUAAAAAUGAACCCUCACCCAAACCUACCACCUCCAAAGGAGCUGACGUGACAUUGUAUCAUUGCAACAAGUGCGAAUUUAGUCAUAAGUCAGUUGUUGUCAUGCAUGUUCACUAUCAGAAAAACCACCCAGAUGAAGCAGUCACUAUAGACAAGAUCAAACAGUCUGCUCAUGUUAAGUCACAUACAACAUCACAGAUGGUGACUGAUAGGUUGUCAAACUCUGUGACAGUAGAAGAACCUACACCUCAGAAGAACACAUCAUAUUCCUCUGUGAAAGAAACAAGAAACGAAGCUGACACAGUUUCACAGGAAAAGAUGUCAUUUCCCUUGGGAAAUCCUAAGGACAAACCUGAAACCUCUAAGACUCAUCCAGAGUCUCUGAAAACUAAGGAAAUAACAUUUUCUGAGGACAGAAGUAAAGGAAUGAACUUGCCUACUGAACAUAGUGGAUCGUCUACUGGAAUGGACAAUUUAUCCAGCAGUUCACCAAAUAUAUUGUUUUACUGCCAGAUCUGCAGUUAUUCAAGCACAAACGUCAGGAGCGUUGUUGGUCAUCAUAAUGCAAAACAUACUACUAAUGCACCAACAGAUUUUGAAAAGGUUAUGCGCUACAGUGCUAAGAUGCAGAAAAACAAACUACAAAGUGAAACUAAAGCUAAAUUGUCUGAUUCUAAACCUGAACAAGUUGAGGUAUGUAGUAAAAAAGAAGUUAAACAUAAAGAGAAUGUGGCAGCAGAUGCUUCGGUGACGACUACAUUUAAUCCUUAUGCAUGUGCAGAAAAAUUGUUUUACUGCCAAAAGUGCAACUAUGGAAAUGUAUCUGUAUUUGGUGUAUUGAGCCAUCAAUCCAAAGUUCACCAAAGCAUUAAUUCCAGCAGAGAAUCUAUUAUUGAACACACAACUUUGAUGCAUGAUCAAAUUGAAAAAUCAAAAUCUCAAGCAAAGGAGUUAGACUUUACUACACAUCUACCUCUUCCUCUUAUCAACGAGGCUGAUGGAGAUAUGUUUUUCUGCCACUUUUGUAACUAUAGACAGAAUUCUGUCAAGCAGGUGCUGCGCCAUUACUUGAAAAAACACCGUGGAUUUGUUGUUGGUGGCGAACAAGUCCGUCUGUAUACUUCUAUGGUUUUCAAACAGACAGGAAAUGAAAAGAAGAAACUUGUUUCAGCAUCACCCUCAACAGAGGCCUCCCAAACACAGAGGACCCUUCAGUGCCAGAGAUGCACAUACAAAACUCAAUAUGUGUAUCUUUUGAAGAGGCAUUUACAGAAAAUCCACAAGUCAAGUCACUCCGUCACAGAUGUUUUAAGAGUAUGUUUUAAACAAGGAACUUUACAGACAGGGUAUCACUGCGAAAUGUGUGUUUUCUCUCACAAAGAAGCAGCAGCUGUCUACGAACACUACCAGGAACAACACCCAGGACAUAGACCAAGCCUUGAGUAUGUGACCACUCAGUUGUAUGUCGGUCCCAAAACAUGCAUUUCUAAAAAGAAGAAACCACAAAGAAAGCACACCGAUAGUAUUAGUGAAGGUGAUGACACUGAUGGCAGCAUACCAUCUCAAGAUGAAACCAAGACUUACUCGUGCAGAGCAUGUUCAUUUAAAAGUAGCUCAAUGUCAGUUAUUACACGCCACUAUCGGGCUGUUCAUCCUUGGGCUGUAAAAGAAGAUGGCUCAGUCUUAGAUGUCAUCAGCGGCAAGAAGCAGAGUGUCAUCAGGCAGGUGGAAGACCAGAGUGAAAUUCCUGUGACAUUUGAGACCUACCAAGUGCCUCUUGAAUUUGACAAUGCACAGGAUUCAUCACAUGAAGCAACAGAAAAAUUCAAGUGCCAUUUAUGCCCUGCUAAGUUUCCUACCCAACGCAGCCUCAACAUUCACUGUGGAAUGAAACACCAAGAAGAUGUAACUGAAAAUUUAGACGAACAGCAAGGAGAGUCAGAGCAACUCCAAACACGACUGCAUGUCUUUAAGUGUCCACAUUGUACCUACGUGAAUACCAGUUAUCACGGAGUUCUCACUCACUGCCAGAUGAAGCAUCCUGCUCUUGAAUCCAGAGCAGACAGUCUUUAUGUGGAUGAAGCACGUUCACACAACUGUUUGAAAAGAAAUGGUCCUGAUUUGAGACUGAGUGGGUACAUGUGUAAAACCUGCCCACACAUCUAUGCAACGCUGGAGAAGCUGAACAAGCACUGCGAGAGGGACCAUAAUGGUACAGUGACAAACGCACCCAUAUCAGCUGGGACUAAGAAAAAUCAAUACAAGAGCCACAGCGUUCAGGGAUCUAAAGUAUCGAAAGCUUCCUUUUUAAGUAAGAAAUUAAGGUGCCAGCACUGUUCUUAUACUUGCAGCACAAAACUUGGGAUUGCUCGACAUGUGCAUUUUCAUCACAACAACUCAUCCAUUUCACAUUCUCGGGAUUCUUUAUUCAGAUGCACCCUGUGUUCUAGGACCUAUUUUAGGAAAAAGCGUCUUGGAAACCAUUACAUCAACAAACAUGGAAAGGAAAGCUUCUUAAAAUACUAUCUACCAGUAUACAAGCAGGGCCAUGAGAAGCCAGCGGCAAUAGUUCCUGAUCACCCUUCAACUCAACAACCAGAAAACUCUUCUGAAGCAAGGCAAUCUAACGCGACUGCAGAGAAAAACAAAGUAUUAGUCUACAAAUGUCCAAAUUGUCCCUAUGUGAAUGCCAGCUACCAUGGCACUCUCACUCACUGCCAAAUGAGGCAUCCCGACCUCAUAGCCAGGGCAGAUGAACUUCAAACACAUGAAAUACUUUCAACCAACAUGGUCAGUUGUAAAGUCGGAAAAUCUUCUAAUGAAAGAGGAUACUUGUGUGCAAAAUGUCCACAAAUUCAUGCAUCAGUGAAGAAACUCAAAAUCCACUGUGCGAGGGACCACAGUCGAGCUCAGGCAGACACAUCUGAGCAUUCAAUUGAAACAGAAACUGAACAACCUGAUGACGACUCAGUAUUGGAGGCUGACUCCACAGCAAUUGGUCUGAGUCCCGAGUUGGGCAGUCCAGAGACAUGUCAAACAAGCCCACCAAUAGUAAAGAACAAGGAAACACUGUACAAGUGCCACAUCUGUAACUAUAUGGGAAUGCGCCGAAGAUACCUGUAUAGUCACUACAAAAAGACACAUAAAUUUGAUGCAAUUGCCACAUGCAAAUUGCUACAGAGAUAUAACAAAGAUAAACGCAACCAGGCCGUCAAUCUGCCGGAAUCUGAGGAAAGUGCAGAUGUCAAAUGUAAGAUGUGUCCAAACUUAAAGUUUGACUCAUCUCAGCUGCUUAUUGACCACUAUAGUGCUUUUCACAGCUCAGAUUGCAUAUCAGAUUUCACUGUGUUAUCACAAGCAUCAAAGAGGACCACAGGACUUUACAAAUGUGCCCACUGCAUGAAACAAAUGAACGGAAUAAAAAAGCUUUGUUACCAUCUGGAUCGGCAUAGAGAAAAAAAGAUGGCAGAGGCGGCAAAGACAAAGGCAUCAUCUGUCAUUGAGCCAUCACCAGAGGCUGAAACCACAGAACUCUGUAGGGAAGAUGAAAUGCCCAUGUUAGAAACUGUGGAAGAACUAACCCAGUGGAACGUGGCGCCAGUAGCGACCUUAAAUUUGCCACCAAGUCCUCUGUCAUCGCAUUCAAAGCCCACUGACCUGGAGGAACCAGAGCAAAAAUCAAGAGAACACACUUGCAAACAGUGUGAGCGGACAUUCAUGUCGCUGAGGGGUUUGCGUUCGCAUGAGCGCAGCCAUGCAGCCCUGGCAUCCAUCAAGAAACUGAACAAUCUGUCUACCUCAGCGUUAAAGCACAACGUUAAGAAAUACCUCCUCUACAAAGCUGGGACUAUUCGGCCUUUCUUAUGUAGCGUCUGUUCCUUUCGGACGACUGUCAUGGACCUGUGGAAGUGUCAUUUUAUGAAAAAACACCAAGAUGUCAUUAUGGAUCUGGCUGAGACUGACAACAUAGAUGAGGAGAGCUUUCAGCAGUCUGACAGGGAGGCCCAGAAUUCACCAGAGGAGCUGAACAAUUUUUCUGAACUUGAUGAAGAACUGGAAAUUGCUGAGAGAUCGCUGUAUUUGGAGCCCCCAGAUGUGCAGAGGCAGUUGAACCACUACAACUUAAUGGCACAGGCUAGUGCUGCAUCAAAAGCAAAUGUGCAAGCAUCCAAGUUACCUGAGAACAGUCUGCUUCACUGUGAAAUGUGCAAUUUCAACACUGGACACCUGUCAAGUAUGCGACGACACUACCUUAAUCGCCACGGAAAGAAGAUCCUCAGGUGUAAAGACUGCAACUUUUUCACUGGUUUAAGGAAAACUCUGGAAUUGCACAUUGAGACUGGUCACUCUACCUUCCAGUCAGAACCUACUCAUCAGAAAGACCUCUGCUGCCCUUUCUGCCUCUACCAGACCAAAAACAAGAAUAACAUGAUCGAUCACAUUGUCUUGCAUCGUGAGGAACGUGUUGUGCCUAUAGAGGUGAGUCGACCGAAGCUGUCCCGUUACCUUCAAGGCAUCGUAUUCCGCUGUCACAAAUGCACUUUCACAAGCGGCACUGCUGAAAACCUGUGUCUGCACAUGAUGAGGCACAAUGACAUCAAACCAUACAAGUGUCGGCUGUGCUACUUUGACUGCACGCAGCUGAGCGACUUGGAGGCACACCUGAGUGACAAGCAUCAGGUUUUGAGGAAUCAUGAGCUUGUGGGUCAGGUCAGCCUCGAUCAGCUAGAGGCAAGGGUUUGCACAGUGCCAGAAGAGGAAGUGGAACCUUCGUCUAACUUGGAGCGCCACAACAACAGCGAGGAUGCAAAAAUAGAGGGGAUUGACGGUAAAGAAGUUCCUCUUGAGCCUCAAGUUAAGAACCUGGAAGAAAAUCACAUUGGAAAAAAUACUACACUACAGAUUGUGGAAGUAUAUCAGAACCAAGGGCCAGAUGGCACGAAUGGAAAUGAAGAAAGCUCUUUAUUAGACCUUCAGUGUGAGAAUACAAAACUAAACACUGCUGUCCAAGAGAAGCAUGAGCAGGAACCACAAGAACAUACAGACAGUGCAAGAGGACAGGAGAUAGAAAAUAUAGCAGAACAAAAAAAUGGAGAAGAGAGCAAUGCAGCAAUCCAACAUGAGAAAUACAGUUGUCCAGAAAAAGAGACGCAGACAAAUGAGAAGCAAGACCAACCGAAAUUCAGAGAUGGUGAGGAUGGUGACGACAGUAAAACUUUCACACAACAAAAAGAGGAGGCAGCCGAACAGACCUCAACAUCGCAUCAUAAAAGAGCUGAGCAGGCACAGGCCCACAAGCUACAUAUUAAAGCGCUAACGCAAAGAAAACUGAAUGUUGACGCUAGAGUAGAAGAUGAUAUACUUCGUCAUAUCCUAUUGCUUGAUGACGAUGGCAGCAGGAUACACAGGAAGGCAAAUCAGGAUAGAAGGGUUAAGGUAAAGCAGAACAUUGAGUCUGAGGUUGUAGAUAACACAGAGGGCAUUUCAACAUCUGCAAAGACAAAUUUUUGGCAGGCAAAUAACAUCAAUGCUCAAGAGUGUUUGAAGGUUGAUAAGCUUUUGCUAACUCAUACACCUAGGUGUGGACCACUCAAGAUAAGCCAUAAGGAGAUCUUAGGUGUCACAUUUACAAACUGCAAAGAGGAACAAGUGCAAAAUCAGAAAAACUGUGAGGAGGUACAAGACCCCUAUGGGGAAAUGCCAGUACUUGAGAAUGAAUAUCUCAAAGAAGAAAUGCAAACUCAUAGUUGUUCCGAGGAAGAUCAGAGUGUUCAUCUUGAGCUAAAGGAGGACAAAAAGGAUGAGAUGAUUGCUAAAGAUGAUGACCAUCAGGAGGGUGAUGGAGUAACGGAAGCUGAGAAUCCACAUGUGCCCAACGGUGCAACCACUAAUCGAGUAACAGUGGAAGAGAAACGGUUUACUUGUGAGUUUUGUGGACGAAACCUCACAAACAGUUCUGAAUUGGAGCGCCACAUCCUUCGUCAUAGAAUAUGAAGUUUUUCUGUUAUGGACAGUAAAGUGGGCUUCCACUGUUGAUUUUAUGUGGUGGGCUAGAUUUUCUUUUCACAAAAUGUUCCAUACUUUCUUACUGUACUGUGUAUUUUGGAACAGCCAGGUUCCAAAUCCAUUUUACAUUGUUUUGUAGAUUUUAAAUGUUUUCUAACGAAAUGUUUUUAUGAUACAGCUGUAGGAUUAACUUUGCGAUUUAAUAAAUCAAACUUGAGAACCAAUACAGUGAUUGUAUAAAGUGUGACACAUUGUCAUCAAAAUCUUAUUUAGAUUUGUUUUGUUUAAAUGUAUUAAUGGAUAUCUGUGUUUACCGUUUUAUUCUUUUUAAGAAAUGAAUUCAUUAUUACUGUAAAUGUAAAAAUCUUAACACUGUGAACUACUGUUACAUAUACAUUUGUAUCAAACAUUUCUGUUUAGUACCUAGACCAUUUCAGACCAACUUUAAAAUCUAUGAUUGUGGAAAAGCUUGUGCUGCUUUUAGGUACGUCAACAUGAGUUGUUGUGUACCUCACCAGUGAGCAAAUAAAUGCGUUCACUUAUUUCUAUAAUGGCUUUUCUUUAUGUUGAUAAUAAACUUUUGUUUACUUUCUGACUUUUUUUGUCGCAUUCAUUGCAUGCAUCAUUUACUUUUGUUGUAAAUAAACUGAAUGUGUUAUUGCCACACUUUGUAUCUUUCCUGUGUCAUUAUGCUGUAGAGAUAUCUGUAUAGAUCAUAUCAAAAAUAAAUUGUAAAAAACAAGCCAUGUUGGCAGCAUGUGGGAGCAAAGAAGUUAAUCAUGCACAUAUCUUAUGGGUGUGCCCUAAGUUGCGCUCCUUCUAGGAUGGUGUUGGUGCUAUAAUUAAAUAUGUUUUGGGGUAUUAAAUGAAUGCAAAACUAUGUACCUUGCAAAUGUAACUGAAUGUGUAACUGGAAAUGAUAGAUAUAUAGUCAAGAUACUACUAAUUGCAACUAAGAAGGCAAUAACAAGGAAGACUGGCACAAGACUGAAUCUCCAACCAUAGAACAAUGGCUCGAUCUAUUGUAUGGAAAAAAUUACCUGCCAACUUCAACUGAAGGAUAAUGUCUCUGCUACUAAAUGGGGGGGGAAAACUGGUGUUGCGUGACAUAACGAAAAACAUGUAUGCACUGAAUACUGUCUGAACCAAAGGAACCUGAUUUGUAUUCAACUGUACAGACUAUGGAUACCUGCAGCCAUGACUGUUUGUAUUUAUAUUUUCUGAUCUUUCUCUGUUGUCUCUUUUCUCAUUGUAUGUAUGAUCAAAAACUUAAUAAACAUUACAGUUU